ACCCGGAAAUAGCGCGCUCUUUUUGUUCCGGUAUAAGGCAGCAAUGGCAGCUGUCUUUGAUCUGGACCUGGAAACAGAGGAGAAGAGUGAUGACAAUGACCCCGAUGAUGAUUCAGACCUAAUAGGAUUUUGUGAUGUGUCUGACUCCCCUUGUACAGAGUAUGACCUUUCAGACAGCAGCAUCUGUCCUAGCCAGGAGACCCUCUCUCCUCAGUGCUUUCACAUCCUACGAGUGCUUGGACAUGGAAGCUAUGGAAAGGUGUUUCAAGUGCGGAAAGUGACUGGUUCCAAUUCUGGCAGAAUUUUUGCUAUGAAGGUUUUGCAAAAGGCACGGCUGAUUUGUCAUGCUAAAGACACGGAACACGCAACAGCAGAGCGUAGUGUCCUGGAAUCUGUGAGACAUCCCUUCAUUGUGGAUUUAGUGUACGCGUUCCAAACACAUGGAAAACUUUACCUAAUCCUGGAGUGUCUCAGCGGUGGGGAGCUGUUCUUGCACUUGGAACGUGAAGGGAUCUUCAUGGAGGACACAGCUUGUUUCUACUUGGCAGAGAUAACACUUGCUCUGGGACACCUGCACUCCCUGGGGAUCAUAUACAGGGAUCUGAAACCAGAAAAUGUGAUGCUGAGCGCGCAUGGUCACAUUAAGCUCACAGACUUUGGAAUGUGCAAGGAAUCCAUUCACGGAGAUAGCGUGACACACACCUUCUGCGGAACUGUGGAGUACAUGGCUCCUGAGGUUCUGUCGCACAAAGGCCACAACCGAGCAGUGGACUGGUGGAGUUUGGGAAUUCUGCUAUAUGACAUGCUUACUGGCUCGCCUCCUUUUACGGGAAACAAUAGGAAGAAAGUAACUGACAAGAUUCUAAAAGGAAAACCAUCUUUCCCGCCGUAUCUAACCCCGGAUGCCUGUGACCUUCUGAGAAAGCUGCUGAAGAAAAACCCAGCUCAGAGGCUGGGGUCCGGAGAGGCAGAUGUGGCGGAUAUACAGAAACACCUGUUCUUCAGACAAAUUCACUGGGAGGAGCUUCUGCAGUGUAAAAUAGAGCCACCAUACAACCCCAACUUGCUCUCGGAGGACGAUGCAAGCCACUUCGGUGCCCACUUCACCCGACAGACACCUAUGGACAGUCCUGAUACUGCAAUCAGUGAGAGUGCAAACCAGGCAUUUUUGGGCUUCACUUAUAUAGCGCCUUCUGUUUUGGAAGGUCUGAGAAAGGUCUUCAGCUUCCAAUCUUGGCAUCAGACUCCCCUCUUUCAGCCACCGAGUCCUGGAAUCUCUUCUCAUGUCUUGUCGGACGAAAUAAAGCCCCAGAAAUCCUCUGAACCACUUCCAAUAACUGCAAAAAGUAAAAAAAAGAAGGGAAAGCGGGGAGUGUGAGAUAAACAGACUGCUACAAAAUCAUUCACAAGACACGGAAAUCGGUCAGCGACCAGUGAGAUGACUGUCGAUAAACUUACAGCACCAACAGUACAUGCCGCCUGAGGUGGCUCCAAGCUCUCAGUGAGCGCACUCAGGGAUAUAAUCUGCUUCACUACAAAAUAUUAAUACUCUAAUGAAACUCGUUAUGGCAAGUGGCCUGCGCUAUAUUCAUAAACCUUUUCAUGUUCCCAGCAAAGUAAUGUAUUUACCUCAUUAUCACUCAGAGAAAACAAUGUGGUGUCCCAACAACCUGCUUGAAUGCAGUGGUCUGCAGUGCUCCAUCCCUUAACGAGAUGGAAGCCUCGGUGUUAGAAAUAACAGAAGCACAAAGUACGGCUCCAUUGUGCUGAGGACACGGCAUGAGCAAGGUAAACGGCAGAAACGUGCCAAGAGACUUUCUCUGUUUUUUAGGAAGUCGUAAGCAGGGACAUCACUUUCAGACAUGUGCUUGCUUAAGUAGGACUGAGCCUUUUGUGGAAAUCAUCUGCAGCAUUGCCAUGUUGCUUUUGAGAGCUUCUAUGUAGACUUUUGAUUUAACCAUUUACUUUGUAAAAAGUAGGAGAGUUCUGGGUAUCUCUCAGGCACUGCCCAAUCCAGUAGGCUUUAAAAGGAAGAUACAGAUACCUGCAGAAGAUCUCCAGGAACCUAGUGAGGCUCAUUUAACCAUGAAAAUGUACUUAUGAAUGCCUGGCUUUUUUCCACACUUAUAUAUAUAAUUUUUUAUUUUAUUUUUAUGUGCUUUUACCCCUUUCCUGUCCGCACCUGUGUACCCCUUUGGCCUGCCUCAUCCUUCACCUGAGAAAUGGUGCCAGAAUGAACCAUAAACUGGAAACAAGAGAAAAGUGACUUACUCCUUGGAGACAUAUAUACAGAAGAUUGUUCAAACUUCUAUGCUAGCACAGUGGUGUCAGUGGAUUUGGCAUUGCAUUCCUUUCUAUAUUCCCACCCAGGGUUUGGACACUUCCUUGCCUUGAACACAAAGUUACAGUGCUCGGGUGAUGGUGGGUGGGGUGUGCUAGGACAGGACUCUCAUCAAAUUGCUACCCGGGCACAAAGCGGUGGAGGUGCCAGGGUGCACAAGCUGUUAACUCCUAGUUAAGAUGUGAGCUAUGAUUCUGUUCUACAUGAACCAUGAACUGCAUAUUGUAAAAAUAUAUUUAAAGUGACAAAGAAACUCUACAGCUGUACACAUAGGCUGUGUGCCUUUAUACAUAUUACUAAACUCCAAGGAAACGUCUAACGUUCUCACAAAUAACAGUAUAACCUAUGUUACCCUUUCCAUUAUGGGACUAUUUUUAUUUUAAUUUAAAUAAUUGAAAUACAUGAAAAGUAUUGGUUGGGACAUGUUUCUGUGUCACAGAAUUAUGCUGGAUGUGUCACAAAAAUGUAUGUGCAGUAGUGAACUCUGAAUUUUCAAUGACAUGUAGUACUGUUACUCCCACGAGAAAUGGGGAGAACGUAUUCUCAGGUGGCACAAACCCGUAACCUGCAUUUCCCUCUGCAAUAAGGGGUCUGGUCACCGGUCACUGUACUGUACAGUCAUUUCAGAAGGAGCAUGAAGUGCCACAAAUGUAUUUAUUUUGUUUUUACUCCAUUCCGGUUUUACACAGGUGUGACAAAGUAAUAACUAGGCGGAUGUGUCGGAAUAGGAGACUAUCGCUAGAAUAUAGUGGGGAAUAAAUUAUUUUAAAAAUGGGAAAUUUAAUUUAGUUUAAUUAUGUACCAUGAUUACUUGUAUUGCCAAGUGCAAAAAGCAUGUUCUGCAAUUACCAGUUAACUUUCAUUGAAUAUGAAAAAGCCUUGGCCAUUUACACAGAUUGACUUAUUCAGAAAGUGUUAUGUUAUUCUGUUUUACUAUAGCGUGUAUAUGGGGAAAAGCACACAAAAGCAGCCGUGUAAUGAAUGGAUGGACAUGCAGAAAUAGUUUAUUAGGAAAAAUGUUUAUCACCACUACAUGACUGUAAAUUAUAUUUUGCAUGAAAUAUUUAUUUUAUAGUUUAUAUUGCCUAUUAUUUUCCAGUGUUGUAAAACCCUUUUGGGUUUACCUCUAAACCACUUCUCAAGAUAAAUGUGAAAGCCACAGCUUUCAUCCUACCUACAAAGUUAUACUCCUUUGAUUCCAGGGGAGAAUCCUUUAUUGCAAUGCUGUAAGUAUUAAAGUAACCAACUUUUAGUGGGACUGAACACCAAAAAAAUGUUAUCCUACUACAACUAUAUGCCAACAAGUCACACACACGAAAUGUGUAAUGAACAUACUGUACAGUAUAACAUUGUUGCAGUUUCAUUAUUGCUUGGAGCUGACAUGAAAAAUUGUGUAUACAGCUCAAUGUGAAUUGAUAAGAUCUCUAAUUAAAUAUUCUGUAGCAAAA